AUGAAACCAAGACGAGUGGGAAUGUCACGGGGGUAUGAGGAGAUGGAUGGGGCGAACGUUCCCCGUCCGCCCGGCGGGACGACAGCGCCGGCAGGGGCAUCUGUGGGCAGUUCGACAAGCGCGACAGGCACGGCAGCUCCACCCACCGGAGGAACGAUGCUGGCAGGCGUUGCACCGGAGUUUGAGCUGGCCUCGGUUAGCGUGGUGCCGGACGACACGUACACAGUGACGCAAGCCGUGAACGCCCUCGGAUUCGGCUGGUUCCAGGUGAAACUGUCGCUGUGUGUCGGACUGUGUUGGAUGGCGGACUCGAUGGAAAUGACCAUACUAAGCGUGCUGGGGCCGGCACUGCACUGCGACUGGAACAUUUCUCGGUACGAGCAGGCGCUGGUCACGACGGUUGUCUUUCUCGGAAUGAUGCUCAGCUCCACCUUUUGGGGUCAUUUAAGUGAUCGCUACGGCCGGAAACCGGCCUUAACACUGUGCGGUGUCCUAUUGUUCCUGUACGGUCUGCUCAGUUCCGUUGCGCCCAGUUUCGGCUGGUUGCUGCUUCUCCGCGGACUGGUAGGAUUCGCCAUUGGAUGUGUACCACAAUCAGUCACACUGUAUGCGGAGUUCCUACCAACAAAACAACGUGCCAAAUGUGUGGUGUUACUGGACUGUUUCUGGGCUCUGGGGGCAUGCUUCGAGGUGGCCCUUGCUCUGGCCGUCACCCCAACCCUCGGCUGGCGAUGGCUCCUUGGUUUAUCCGCUGCACCGCUGUUCAUCUUUGCCAUAAUUACACCGUGGCUUCCGGAAUCUGCUCGCUAUCACGUCACGAGCGGGCAAAGCGAUAAAGCUCUCGCAACAUUGGAGCAGAUCGCGAAGGACAAUCGCCGGCCAAUGCUGUUGGGUCGGUUGGUCGUCGAAGGGCCCAGCGGUUCCCGGGGCAGUUUGAAAGCGCUCCUUGGAAGCUCCCUGCGACGGACGACGCUGUUGUUGUGGUUCAUUUGGAUGUCGUGCGCGUUCUGCUAUUACGGACUGGUGCUGAUGUCGACAGAGCUGUUCGGGGGCAAAAACAAGACCAUGGGGGACGGAGACGACACGAUGACUUCCGGCUGCCAGCCACUUGCGACGACCGACUACAUGGACCUGCUAUGGACGACGUUAGCCGAGUUUCCGGGCAUCUUUGCGACAAUCUACGUGAUUGAGAAGUUUGGUCGCAAAAAAACGAUGGCCCUACAGUUCCUUUUGUACGCGGGUUGCGUCUUGAUGAUUACCGUAACCGACGUACGGAUAUUCCUGACCAUCAUCCUGUUCAUGGCACGCGGUAUCAUCGCCGGUCUGUUCCAAGCGGCAUAUGUCUACACACCGGAAGUCUACCCGACAGCGCUCAGAUCGAUCGGGGUGGGCGGCUGUUCGGCACUGGCGCGACUCGGUGCUAUGGCCACUCCUUACGUAGCCCAGGUGCUAUUUCAAUCCUCAAUAUGGAGCGCAGUCGCUGUGUAUGGCAUAUUUGCAGCUUGCGCCAGUGUGGCUUGCAUGUUACUACCCUACGAAACACGUGGUGCCGAUCUGGCACAUUAA